AUAAUUGGUGCACCCUUUAUUUUCUAUUUGAGCUGAAAAGUAACGGUUGUUUAACGCCAGCAGAACUGUUGCAGCGUCUUAGCUGCAACAGCAACAGCAACUGCUCCACAGCUGAAACCUCAAACACCAACAACACCACCACCACCACCACCACUACAACCACAACCAAUACAACAACCAACAACAACAACAGCAAACUUAACAUUAGCAUUAACCUUAGCAGAACAGCAACACCACCCGCAACAGCCACAAAAGACUGCGACGAGAAUUCGUUAACAGCAAAAGUAGGAGAAGUAGGAGAAGCAGGAAUAGAGACAGAAGCCGAAGGAGAAUUAGUAGUAGAGCUAGAAGGUGAGCCCGAAACAGAAACAGAAGCAACAAAAGCUACAACAACACCAACAGCAAGCAGCAUACCAAAAGAAAACGAACAGAGCCCAAAGCAGAACAGUGCGUCGCACGCUAGCAGCAACAGCAGCAGCGACGCUGACGAAGACGAAGCUGACGGCGACGCAAACGUUGACGUUGACGUCGACGUUGGCCUUGAGGCGCCCAAGCCGCGUUAUUACGGCGCUGGCGUUGUUCUAACGCAAGCCCAGCGCAAAGAAUAUCCACACGAACGUCUCAGCAAAGAGAAAGUGCUAAACGCUAAUUCUGUCGCUGACGCUAACGUUGACGUUGACAGCGGCAACAAUAGCAACAGCAACAGCAACGGUAACAGCAGCAGCGGCGAUUCUGAUGACAGUGACUCUGAUGACGGUUGCAAGUUGAUUGUGGACGAGAAGCCAUUGCUACCAAUUGAACAGCCGUUGUCGCUGCGCAUGCGCAGCAGCCCGCCCACAGCAGAGCAGCGACCGAGUCCGCCGCCACCGCGCAUACCCGCCGUUCGCUGCAGCGUCAUACAGCGAGCGCCGCAGAGCAGCGAAAGCAACAGCAGCAGCAGCAGCAGCAACAACUGUUAUACCAGCGCACGCUCGACCUCGAGCAGUUGGGACCCGAGCAGCAGGAGCCGAUCGAUUAUCACGUGCCGCGGCAGCGCAGCGCCAGCUACGACAGCGACGACGAGUUGAACGCGCGUCGCUUGCAGCGUGCACGACGCGUACGCGAAGCCCGGCGUCGCAGCAGCUAUUUGGCAGCGCGUGUGCUGCAACUGAAUC